CCUCGGUGAGCAUGGAUCCCCAGCUGGCUCUCACUCCUGAGACACUCUCGAGGGUGGAAGAUGAGUACCCAGCAGCUAGCCAGCAGCCCAGGCCAUCGAUCACCUGGAACCUAGGCUCGCCCAUUGCCUAUGCGGCCGCCGACCAGGCGACCACCAGUUCUGGCACCAGCCCGGCUUCGGUCUUCCUCUGGCGCGGUAGGCUCGGCAGCCGCCCCGACAUUCACGUGGGGACUCAGCCGCGUAUCUGCUUCCUGCGGCCGCGGACCGCCCAGCCGCUGAUGCUCUUCAGCCUAAUGAAUUCCAGUGAAGCAGCAGUGAAAAAAUUUUUACCCAAGAGCCACUUAUCCCAAGUGAUUAUUCGUGACAACCUCAGUGCACAGCGGAUCUAUGAGAUGGAGAUAAGAGCUUCAGACAAGACCAAGAAAAAGAUGGGCCACUUGUAUGACCACCUGAAAAAAAAAUUCAUGGCAGACCAGCUCAGAAAGCUGGGGCGCUGGAGACGGGAAUCCAUGAACAUCCGCCAGUACCUGGAUAGCAUCCGAGCACACAAGGUCCCAUUAAAAGUCCAGCCUAACAAGAAAAGCCGGCCACCCUAGUCAAGGUGGAUGAGCUGCCCCGGGGCCGUGAUGACACUUGUCUGACGGGAGAAGAGCUAGAAACCGGUCAGUCCAUGCUGAUGUGAAACAACAAUAAACUGAGACCAGUGGACAGCGGAGCACAAAACCCCUCAGCACUUCUAACAUUUCUUGUCCCGGCCCAUCCCCUUCGCUGGUAAAGGCUGUCCUGAUAGUCCUGUAGCUGCCCAACUGGAAAGGGCUGAAUCAGGCUGGCUUCUAAGGUUGAGGCAGAGGCUGACCUUUGGUACCCACAUGUCUGAGUCAGGGCCAGGCCAGGUGCACUGGGACAUCGGUACCUUAGGUGGGAAGGGCUCAGUGAUGCCCUUGCCUGGCAUUCCAGUGGGAAGGAGUCAGGGUGGGGCAUCAGGCAGAUGGGUUAAGGGCUAUUUCUGCCAUCCAUCAGCUGUGUGACUUUGUAACCUCUCUGAGCCUCUGUCUUUUUAUCUGAACCAGGUAGUAAUGAGGGCACCUACCCCCAAGAGCUGGCCUGAGGGUGUGGAGGGCUUGGCCCAGGGCCUGUCAUUUUCAAUGACUGUCAUCUCGAUGCCUACAGUUAGUGUCUAGCCUCACCAGCCCCCACCCCCGGCCUGCCUGCUGUCCCAGCUACACCCCGACAGCCCCCACAUUUUACCUUUACUUGCACAGGCCACGCACCUAGAAUGCCUCUUCAGCCCCCCAAGGCUCUUAGGAAGCUCUUCUCAUCCUUCAAGGCUCAUCUCAAUGCCAUUCCUCCCCCUCAGAGCUUCUCUGACCUGCCUCCUGCCUGUCCCUCUACCCCCACUGCCUAAACCAUGUUGGUUUCCCCUCCCCUCUGAACCUGGCUUACCUGUGGUGGCUUCACUCUGCCUCCUGUGGUAGAUGUUUGGGUGUUUGUCCCAACCUGUGAUUACACUGUCCAGUCUGUGAGAGCAGGGGCCAAGGAUCCCCCAAGAUCCAGUUCAAGCCUCUUCUGUGCCACUUCCCCCACCCUGGCCCCGGUGGAAAAGGCCCCUCCUUCCUGUGCUUACACGUCUGUCCACACCGAGCAUAUAGUUGGCCAUUUCUCGUUUGUUCACUGUCUCCCUGACCACGUUGUGAAAGUCUCGGGGGCAGGGAAGCUGACUUGUUCAUCUCUGUAACCACAGUGCCUAGUAACUGGAGUUGUCACUCGAUGGUUUUUGAAUAAAUGACUCAUUCCUUUUCGUAUUA